AUGGGACAAGGGUACGCACUGCAAUGCACUUGACCACAGAACAGACCACACAUAUAUAACAUGCAUACCCACAAUAUGCACGAUGUGUCUCUCGUCCAAUGUGUUUGUUGUGUGUGCAGUCCGAUGGAUGUGAUGAUGAUGGGAGUGGGGGGCAGUGACGGCAGGGAGGAGGGGGCCAUCACGCCACCCGGCGGCCACGUCAUCGUGAACGGUGAGCGGAACCGCGCUCACUCACUCACUCACUGGUUAAAUCUGAGCUAGCGAAGCGCUGCGCUGUGUUUCCAUUGUAUGGUGUGGUUGGUUGAUUGCGACUUGCUUUGCUUCUCGUUAUAUCUUUCCAGGUCGGGCUGUUUGUCUGUUGCGCCGCGACCCCGAUGCUCCUCGGGGACGACUGCCCAUCGGGGUGUCGCUGAUGAUGCGCCCGACCAAGACGCUGGCCGAGCGAGAUGCCGAGUACGAGGAAGCCAAAGCCCGCAUCGCCAAGAAAAACCGCUCUGACUCGGAGCAGCAGGACGACGGGUACAUACCGCGCACAUACAUUACAUACGCAGACAGCUUGACGCCUUGUCUGUCUGUCCGUCUGUCCGUUGGUGUCUGUUUGUCUGUUCGUUCGUUCGUUCGUUCGUUCGUUCAGGGCUGACCGUGACUGCGCGCGUAGGACGAGGGCAGCAGGACCAUCUUGAAGAAAGUCGACAAACCCGACAAGUGAGUGCAGUGCAGUCCGACAACACACACAUAUACACGGCUUCCCCCCAUGCAUCCAUCCGAUGAUGCAUGCCGUGCCAUGCUGGUAUUCUUCCUUGCACCUUUCAGCAAGGGAGGGUCUACCUGUUCAGUGCCUCGCUGUCUGCAUUCUAUAUCUUGA